CUGAACCAGUCGCAUCGUGGCACCAUUCCCGUCACAGCCUUGCGCCCCCAUCUGAUGUCACGCGCGCGAUGGUUCAAGCUUGCAGAGUAUGCCGGAAAAAAUGUCAUUCCGCACCCUGCCCGUGAGACGCGUAUCGAUAGUCAAUGGCUCGUGAUCGUCGGUGGUGGCUCUGCUAAUGUCCAAGCUGCUGGACGCCGAUGGCGAGGAAGUUGUCGCGGGAGCCACAGAAGGGUACUGGCUCUGUGCGUCGGACUUUGUUUCCACUGCGGGCAAGUCGGUCCUGGAGUUCGGCAAGCUGGGCUUCCCGCGAGAUUUUCCAAAUGUCUACUCGACGAGUAAGGUCUUGAAGUCGCUGAUCGGCAAGAAGGGCUCAUGUGCUGGCAAGAUGGUAUCCGUGGUUGCUGCACCUUCGCCUGAGGUGGUUUCAAAGGUACCAGGCAUCACAUUCCAGCCGCUGCAGAGCUUCGCCAACGCUGAGAUCAUUCAGAAGGCGACUGGCUGGACGGUGCUGCAAGGGUGGAUCGUUUGGGAGCAGCUGGAGCUGCCAAUCAGCGAAGCCUUUGUGGUCGAGAGAUAUUGGUGGAACCAGAUGCCCGACAACAAGUGGGUCGACUUCACGCCCCGGCCCGACGGCUGCCCCCAGCUGCUGCUGGCGGAGGCCGCGGCCGGCGCCCCGAAGAGCCGGGGCGCGCUGACCGAGGCCGACAAGGACCUGUUCGUCCACCUCCUCCGGCUGCGCUUCCCCGCGAUCGCCGCGCAGAGGGUGCCGGCGGUUCUGCCUCCCUCGGAGCCGGAGGUUGCAGCUGGAUCGCCGAGUCCGGCGGCGCCUGCCGAGCCGCGGCCGCCGGUGGCGCACUCCGACGCGGGGAUCCCUCCGUCCCUCCAGAGUUUGGUUCGGCGCGUCCACAACAGCGAGGCUGGUGCCAUCCAAGAGCUGGAGCAGAAGCUGCGGGGCGACGAGGAGCUCUGCGUCAGGGUCGGCCUCAGCCCAGACGGCGUCACCGCCGCCCUGGUGGAGAUGCUGGCGGACCCCGCGAGACGCGAGGAAGCCCUGAAUCUGCUGGUGGUCAUCUCCGACGGCGCGGUCGGACUGCGCAGGCACGACGUGGGCGGCGCCAUCGUCGCGGCCGGCGCGGUGGAGCCCCUGGUGAGGCUGCUCGAGGAGGGGAGCGCCGGCCUGCAGGAGUCCGCGGCCGCGGUCCUCGGCAACGUCAGCCACGAGAGCCCGCCCAGCCAGGGCGCCGUGGCCGCCGCCGCCCCGGUGUUCGAGCGGCUGGUGCGGCUGCUCGACGCGGCCGACGCCGGGCCGGCCCAGGAGGCUGCCUAUGCGAUCUGGAACCUGACUGUUGCGCACGAGGAGAACAGCAGGAAGUUUGUGAAGUGCGGUGCGGUCCCGAAGCUGGCCAAGCUCCUGCACCACUACUCGGACGUAGCGCAGGAAAAUGCGGCUGGUGCGCUGAUGCACAUCACUGCGUGCGAGGAAGCUCGAGUGGCCAUCAAGGACGCCGGGGCAAUCCCGAGGUUGUGCGAGCUGCUGCAUCCGCACAAUGAGCCAGAGGUGAGCAGCCAGGCGGCCGGGGCGCUGCUCAACAUGGCGAUCGACUCCCCAGAGUACGCGGGGAUGAUUGCCAAGGAGGGGGCCAUAGUUCCACUCAUCAACCUGGUGAAAGACGGACCUGAGCUGGCCCGUGAUUAUGCUGCAGGGGCUCUGAUGAACCUGAUGCGCAGCGACGUGGGGCUCGCCGAGGAGGCCGCCAAAGCCGGAGCCGUCGCGGUCCACGUCGAGCUGCUCGCGGUGUCCAAUUGCAGACUCCAAGCGCAGGCGCUCGGAGCGCUCGCGAACUUGGCCCGGGACAGCGCUCCGCGGCAGGUAGAGAUCUACAAACACCAGGUCACACGGAAGUGCGUGAGGCUGCUGACCGACGCGGACGUCGAGAUGCGUCGCGCGUCCGUAUCGCUGAUCAUGAACUUGGCUACCCACGCUAAGAUCAAGGAUCGGAUUGUGGAGGCGGACGCGCUGAAGCCGUUGGCAAAGCUCCUCGAGGACGCGGACGAGGAGGUCAAGGAGUACGCCGCUGGCGCACUGGCCAACAUCUUCAGCGACAACGCUCCCAGUGUGACGAAAGGCUUCGAGGAAGCACCGCAGAUGGUCUCCGCUCUGGUGGCCAUCACGAGCAGCAGGAGCGUGGGCGAAGACGCGAAGAGGCAGGCUGCCUUCGCGCUCGCGAUGCUGGCGGCCGAGGACGCCCCGUGCCAGAAGGCGUGGGAGGCGGGGGCGAAGCGGCCCCUCCUGGAGCUGCUGGCCGCCGGCGUCGAGCAGGCUGCACUCGGCAUCAUGAACCUCUCGUGGAAGUGCCCCGACAAGAAGGAGGAGCUCGCCAAGGACGGCGCUGUUGAGCACUUGCUGAAGUUGCUCGAGUCGGGCGACGACGUGGCGAAGGGGUACGCUGCUGGGGCAUUGAUGAAUAUGACGGCGGGGGCGCCGCAGACGGCGGCGCGGUGCGGCGGCGCGGUGCCGAGGCUCGUGGCCAUGCUGCGCGGGCCAGCCACGCAGGC